CCGCAGAGGAAGGAAGAAAUUAGCGGAAACACUUCCGUGUUAACAUACCGAUAAAAGAAGACGACUGUCACUGCUACUGGCAAAGAUGUCGGGGAUCAUAAGGGCCAGCAUAAUCCGCGGUGCUUUGGGCUCCCGUGGACACGCCAUCACCCAGAGGGCGAGCUACCAGAGUAAACCUGCCAAGGAAAAGCUCGGUGCAGUUGAAACCUCCCUUGCCGUGGGCGUGCUCUUCCUCUCUAUCAUAGCGCCAUCCGCAUGGAUCAUGUCCCACCUGGAGGAUUACAAGAGUAAAAAAUAGACUGACUCAUACCUGGUGUCUCCAGCCACAACCUGGGACCAUUAUCUUUGUUCUGCAGCAUGAGUGAAGGAGAAACAAUAUGGAACAAGUUUCCCUCAUGCCUCCUUUCUCUUCCAUAAUGCCCAGAUCUAAAGCUCAGAAACUCUAUGUUGUGUUGUUCAUUUUACCUCAUCACUAUGUUACACAAUAAAAUGUAAACUCAACCUUA